AAGUCAUUCGAUGGCAAGGGUGACAUAUCUGUGGCUGCCGACUGGAUCAAGAAACUAAAUGAGGCUGCUAGGGAUAUGCAGAUCGGGCUUGAUAUAAAGCUGACAGUUGCUACCAGGUUACUGGAGGGAGUAGCCGCAGUAUGGUGGGAAGGCGUGGAAGGAAAGUUCCACGGUGAGACCACCUGGGAGAAAUUUGAAGUAGAAUUCUAUAAUCAGUACUACUCAGAGUUCGAGAAGAACCAAAAGAGGAAGGAGUACAUGACCUUGGUACAAGAGGAGGGUUGCUCGGUGAGGCAAUUGGAACAGAGGUUCCGGGACUUGGCACGAUACAUACCUGAGUACGCCAUGGAUGAGAACCGUAUGGCUAAUCACUUCUGGGAUACCCUACAGUUGGAUAUCCGUGAUCGGGCUACCUACAAUCAUCACAUGACAUUUAGUGAGAUUGUGGAUCAAGGGCUACUUGGGGAAGCCAAGUGGAAUGAAAGGAAGAAGAGAGACGCCGAAGAGGCGAAGAAGAGAAGAUGGGGAAAUUCUGGACCCCAAGACCAUUCUCGAAAACAUCACUCCGGGAAUGGAAGUUCAUUUAGGGCGCCGGAACCGCCGGCAAAGAAGAACAAGGGUCCAGGAGGGCAAGGGCACAGUUUGGGGAGCGUGAGGCCACAAAGGUGUCUGAACUGUAACAAGAACCAUGCCGGGAAGUGCAAUGCACCACCCCGGUGUUACAAGUGUGGUAGCACAAGUCACCUCAAACUUUCUUGCCCUAUGCUAAAUGGAGGGGGACCAUCGGGAGUCCCUGAAGGACCUACGCCUGGUAGGGGGCGUGCGGGACCAUCUCAAGGCGGCACGGGAAGGAGCGGACCCACGGCUAGUAACGCCGCGUCCGUUAAUCAAGGGAGGACCCAAGCACGGGUGUAUGCAAUGACCGAGGCCGAUGCUCGGGCCAACCCGGACUCCAUUGCAGUACUUCUUUCUGUGAAGUACUGACCCCUCCGGGGGCCCUCACUAUUUUUCAGGUUAAGGCUAGAGUCCUGCUACCUGCACCUUUGCAUAGGGUGGACUUCGAAUAAGGAAGACUUGGUUCGUGCUUCCAUUCUUAUUUGACUUAUGAAAAUGCUCAUGGAUAUUUGAACAAUGUUUUCUAUUAAACUAUUGAAGGGCCUGCGUGCUCAUGUAUGCCACGUGUGGCUAAUUACUAAACAUAUUUUACUUCCGCAUUUGUUUGAGUAAU